GAGAGAUGGAGGAGAUACGACAGGCAGCCUUGUGCUAUUACAGAGACAGCGAACCAGAGAUUAAGAUGAAGGCGGCGGAACAAUUCAUGUCAAUGGAUGGGGAUGGAGAUGGGAAGGUAAGCAUAACGGAGUUUACAGAAUACCUAAAGAGUGCGGGGUGCAAUGUUGAUAAGAACCUAUCUCGAAACUUAUUUGAAGAAUUGGAUCGGGACAAAAAUGGGGUUCUAGAUUUCGAGGAAGCCAUAGUCUUCUUUUACAUCUCAACAAAGAGAAUGAUAAUCUGUGGUGGGUGCGGAUCGUUUAUAAGGGAUGUUUAUUUUACAUGCAUCCAAUGCUUCCGCAACAAAAGUCAAGAUGCCUACAAUCUUUGCUGCGACUGCUACGCCUCUGGUCAAGGCCGAAGCGAUGAACACAAAGUUUUUCUCGAUAACUUUACCGCACUGAAAUUCAUAAGGCAGUCCAUAGAAAAGGGACAAACUUCCAAGAGAAAUGGGGUCGUAGCUGCUGUAGCAGUAUUUGUUGCCAAAGCUGCCGCCCGUCAUGCUGCACUUCAUGCGGCGGGAGCCGCUGGGGAGGUGGCGGUAGGAGCUGCCGUCGCCGGUGCUUUUGGACCCGUUGUACAAGGUGCAGCCGUGUUAGGGGUUGCGAAAGCUGCAGUCGUGGUUGCAGCCGUCUCUGCAGCCUGCAGCAUCAUGUGAUAGAUUAUGAUGCUUGUGUAAAAAUUAAAAAAAAAAAAUCUUGGUUUUUGUUUCAACUGUCUUAGUAAUUCAGAAAAAAAAAGAUGGUCUGUAAUUAAUGGUGGAUGUGUAUCAAUGUAAUUAAUGGUGGGCUACCCUCUGCUUCCACCAUAGAUUACUAUAAAAUUCUACCUUCAUAUUUUUUUCA